CUGAACUAGCGUAUAGUUUAGUGAAAGCAUCAGCAUGUACCGUUCUGUUGGACGUUUCUUCUCUUUGCUCUCCUAGAGCCUGUAAUAAUUCGGUUUGCCUUCCUAACUUCACCGCUUAUCUAAAAUGGUACAGUUGUUCCAUUUAACAUUUACACAAGGUUUUUUCAUCGGACAGUUGUCUGUAAUUGUAAUAGUAUACAUCUUUCUGCGAUUUUUCUUAUUUUGCACAAAGGAAGAGCUGAAAAAUGUUCAAGAAGAAUCAUAUCCACUGAGUCCGUCUAAUGAAAAAAGUACUACGGAAUUUAACGAUGCAACUCAUAAAGUUACGCCAUCUUUGAGCGAAAUAUACGAUGUGAAAACUCACGAAGAGGAGAGCUUGGACUGGUUUAAUGUUUUGGUUGCUCAAGCACUUUCACAAAUUCGUCAAGAUGCGGUGUCCGACGAUGCUGCAUUAAAGAAGCUUCAGACUUUAUUCAAUGGUAAAAGGAAACCUUCAUUUUUGGGACCCAUACACAUUAAAAGUAUCUCUCUUGGACAACGGUAUCCUGUCUUCAGUAAUUGUCGUAUCCAGGCUCAACCAGAUGACACAAAUGGAUUACGGGCAACGAUGGACCUGUCCUUAGAGGAUGAUAUUCAUUUUGUAGUAAACACAUCUGCCGUUCUGAAUGUUCCUCGGCCAGCAUUCGCUAUGCUUCCUGUUUCUCUUAGUGUCAGAAUAGUACACAUUCGUGGAAAGCUCUCUAUUUACUUUUCACAGUCCUCCAAAAGCGCAAAACGUGCAUAUCUGAACUUUACUUUUGACCCGGAUUUUGAUAUGGGUAUCGAAAUCCAGUCCCUGGUUGGCAGUCGUUCUAAACUUCAAGACAUUCCAAAAAUUGCACACAUUAUAGAGACACGUAUUCGAAAAUGGUUUAUUACCCGAUGUGUGUCACCACAAUUUCAACAAAUUUCAAUACCUAACAUUUGGCCUUCAUCAGCAAGAGAAGGACAUCGUCAAAAGAGUACUGAGUAAUCGGUAAUUAGUCAUGGGGUAUCGUUUUACCUUUAGGCCGGUAGGGAAUAAAGGGUGCAUAUUUUCGAGGAAAGCACCAACCGACGUUUUGGUAUUGGAGCCACCAUCGAUUGUGCUCAAAUUCGAUGUCCUCUUGCUGCAUAUGCUGAAUGACACGAACGAGAUUGCGCGCGUCAUCGAGUCCGUUAUGUUCUUGGCCUUCAAAUGUCAAGUUCCAACGUGAUAGCAUUGCAUUUAUAUUGGACUUUGAAACUCGAAAGGCAUCAGAGAAAAGCGAACGGACGUCUACAAAAGGUCCAUUAAUCCAAGACGGGGGAUUGUUUUCCUCUGUUGUCGCGAACUAGGUUUGGUUAGCAUACGAUCGGAAAGAAAAGGGUGCGCUGAAGCAUUGAUGAAUUACCUCUUUGGCAACAAAAGAUGCCAUAUCCCAAGGACCAUCACAAGCCCAAGCCCAGUUUUUCUGCGACCGAAAAUGAUAAGCCGUUUUUGGAAGACGGCUCCACUCAAAGGUAUUCGGACCAUUAACCGGGGGAAUUAAUUUGUCAUCAUGUUUAGAAAGAAAUUCAUGCAGCAGAUCGAGCACUGUUUUGAACGGUGGAGCAUUGUCAAUGAGUUUUUGUGGGAUCUUUGUCAACUCUUUGCAAUAGUUUGAAAGCGUAGGAAUUCGCCUCGGUUUGACAUAUGUAUGGAAUUCGUCAAUAAUGCGUUUCUGUUCCAAAUCGUAAAGUAAGCAGGGAAAUUCAAUAAUCUCGUUCAUAUAUGAAAAACCACAUCCCUCUUCACAUGUUGCUUCAACGUCAACCACUAGCAAGUAGCGUCUGUUUCGUUAGCUUAAAACUUCUAACGUUCGCAAGGAGAAAGAGGAAUUGUCCAUAUAAGUUUGCAUUUUUUCAUGCAAUCUUCUUAAUAUACGCAUCCCAUCCUCGUUGAGUGAUAGUAGUAAACAUACAGUUUCAUUCCUUUAUCUGCUGACGUUUUUGUUUGUAAAGCUUGUUGUCUUCGAACCUGUUCAAGUCGAGCAUUCCGUUCUUUCCAUCGUUUUCUUAAUGUAUCUCUAAGGCGCGUUAGGCGUAAAUAUUCAGUUUUGUUUUACUAUCCUGAUUGUUCUUACUUGUUUCCAUAUGUACUAAGACCGAUUUCCUUCAAAGCCAG